AUGCAUCUCCUGCGCGUCACGCUCCUCCAAGCGCUGCUGCUGCUGGUUGCCUUUGCCUGCGCCGAGCCCAUCAGGAGGAUACCGGCGGACGCGGCGGCGGCGGUAGCAGUAGCGCGCGCGGCCCCGGACUCGCCGAGCGGCAAAUAUGCGCCCAAAGUCGUGCCGUGCCCGGCCGUGAGGCCCCGGAUCCGACCGGCCGGCGGCGUGUCGCCCAACGAGACGGCUUGGCUGCAGCUGCGGCGCAGAGCCACGGUCCAGCCCAUGAUCGACUUCAUGCAGCGCGUCGGCAUCCCCAACUUCGAUGCCGCCGGAUACAUCCGGAGCGCCGCCGCCGCACCCGGCAUACCCAACCUGCCCAAUGUAGCCAUUGCGGCGUCCGGGGGUGGCUACCGCGCCCUCAUGAACGGCGCCGGCUUCUUGGCCGCCGCCGACAACCGCACAACGGAUGCCCUCGCGAAAGGGGGAAUUGGCGGGCUACUGCAGUCGACCACAUAUUUGGCUGGCUUGUCUGGCGGCGGAUGGCUUGUCUCGAGCAUCUACGCCAACAACUUCAGCAGCGUCGAAACGCUGCGCAACGGCCGGAAGGACAGCAGCAUCUGGAAAUUCGGCAAUUCCAUCUUCAUCGGCCCCAAGGAGUCGGGCAUCGACAUUUUCAAUACGGCUGAGUACUGGACCGCUGUCGCCCGCCAAGUCGACCAGAAAGACGAGGCGGGCUUCAACACCAGUCUUACUGACUACUGGGGACGUGCUCUGAGUUAUCAGCUUGUUGACGCCCCGGACGGUGGUCCGGCAUAUACCUGGUCCAGCAUCGCCGAGGACGAAUCCUUCAAAAGGGGCUUAGUUCCUUUCCCCAUCUUGGUCGCCGACGCCCGCGCCCCGGGGGAGACCAUCAUCUCCCUGAAUGCCACCGUCUUCGAGUUUAACGCCUUCGAGAUGGGCUCCUUCGACCCUACCACAUUCGGCUUCACACCGGUGAAUUACCUCGCCUCAAACUUCUCGGGCGGUGUAGUCCCAGCAAAUGGCAAAUGCGUCGAGGGCUUCGACCAGGUGGGCUAUGUCAUGGGCACUAGCAGUACGCUGUUCAAUCAGUUCUUGCUCAACAACAUCAGCUCGGUCGCGAGCGUGCCCAAGUUCGUCGUCGACGCCAUCGAGAAGAUUCUGGAGGACCUGAGUGACGACAGGAACGACAUCGCCCAGUAUGCGCCUAACCCCUUCCUGGGUUGGAAGCCCGACACCAACCCAUCGGCCGAUGCGGCCGAGUUGGACCUGGUCGAUGGCGGAGAGGAUCUUCAGAACAUCCCUCUGCACCCCCUGAUCCAGCCGUUCCGCAAGGUCGACGUCAUAUUCGCCGUUGACAGCUCUGCCGAUACCAUCUACAACUGGCCGAACGGCACGGCCAUGCGGGCCAGCUACGAGCGGAGUCUCGGGCCUCUCGCCAACGGGACGCUGUUCCCACCCGUUCCCGACGACAAAACCUUUGUCAACCUGGGGCUCAACAACAAGCCGACAUUUUUUGGGUGCGACGUGCGCAACUUCACGCUGCGGGGGUCGCAGUCGGCGCCGCCGCUCAUCGUGUACAUUCCCAACGCGCCGUACACGGCCUCGAGCAACGUGUCGACCUUUACGCCGUCGUACACGGACGAGGUGCGCAACAACAUCAUCCGCAACGGCCUCAACGCCGCGACCCAGGGCAACGGCACCCUCGACGCGAACUGGCCCACGUGCGUCGCCUGUGCCGUUCUGAGCCGCAGCCUCACUCGCUCCGCGACCCCCGUCCCGGCCGCCUGCGCCGACUGCUUCGCCAAGUACUGUUGGACCGGCAAGCUCGAUCCUGUUGACCGCGGUCGUCCUUACGAGCCUCCGUACAAGAUCGCCAACGAGACUGCCUCGGCACUGUCCGGCGCCGGCCGUGCCGUCUUCACGGACAGGGCGGCAUUGUUGUCCUUGGCCGUGGGCUUGGUUGCGCUCUUGCUCGCUGUGUAA